AUGGAAACUAACUACAGUAGAGCCUCAUCACUCCCGAUGUUCAGUAUUGAAAAAUACGAUAUAUGGAAGUUUCGACUGGAAAGCUUCCUCAGUGCUCAACAUUGUCGGAUGUGGGAAGUCAUCUGCAACGGACCAAUCAUCAUCAUAGAAGUGGUCAAGAAGAUAACUCUGGAUACCACAAAAGAUCCAUAUGAUGAAGUCCAGAUCAAAUCCAAGGCCGACUUCACCACCGAAGAAAGAAAGCAAGAUGAGCUGGAUAAUCUUGCCAAAAAAGAAAUAAAAGAGAAUAAGCUAUCCAUAGCUUGUCAAAAGUUCGACAUCUUCUUGAUGCUCAAAAACGAAUUAGUUGAAGAGAUGGAGUACAAAUUCAAUCAAAUCCUGAACGAGGUUCAAUCCAUCUCAAAAGAUAAGUAUACCCAACGAGAAAUCAACCUAAAGAUUCUACGGGCACUUCUGCGAGGCGAAUGGCAAAUUUACGCAGUUGCUCAUCAGAACAAACCUGGAUUCAACAUACUCCCGACCAACAAGCUUUUCUCAGAUCUCGUGGUAAAUGAAUUCAAUAUUCAGAGAAAUCGAGAAACCCAAAAGGCUGAAGGAUCAGAUGAAGAUGCUCCAUCGAUAACAAAAGGAGCUGCACUGAAAGCCUCAGUGAAGGAAAAUAAGAAACAGUCGAGGGAACUGACUGAACUCAAGCCAGAAGACUUCUUCAGUCAAUAUGCCUCGUUGACUGAAAGGUUCAACAAGAUGGAAUCCAAAUUCCGCAAAUACAGAAAGUUUCACAAGAAGCACUUCAAGGGGAAAGAAAGAGAACACAAAUCCAAACACUCCAUAGACAUGAGCGGAGAAAAGAAAUCAUCUGCAAUAGAUCUCAAGGAUGUGGAAUGCUUUGGAUGCAAAAAGAAAGGGCACUACAGAUUUGAAUGCCCUAAAUUAUCGCACGAAGAGCGCAAAGAGUUAAGAGCUAAGAGGGAUCGCAAGUACGGGAAGAAGAAGGCAAUGGUAGCUGAAGAUGCGGGAUCUUCUGAAUAUGCAUCUGGAUCAUCAGCCUUCAACUCCACCAGCUCAGCUGACGAGAGCCAAGCCCUCAUGGCCAAGGAUGCUGAAAGCAUGGCUGACAACUCAUGCAACAACUAUGACAACGGAAUGAAUGGGCCUGAAGAGAUAAAUUCAGAAUUUGGAGGCAGCUCAAUCAAUGAAGUUGAUGAGUAUGAUCAGCUCAUGAAUGAUCAUCGAAAGUUGAGAACAAUGUUCGAGAAACUGCUGCAACAAAAUCAAGAAAUGGAAAAAGAGAUCAGUAAAGAUCAAUGCAAGAAAGAAACAAUCAUCUACUAUCCAGAUGAAAAUUGUCUUGAUGGACUGAUUUUGGAUAAUCACCAACUGAAAACAGCGCUCAAGAAAUCAACAGAAGAACGUGAGAGGGCCUCCCAUGAAAUCAAUGCUUAA